AGGAGUCUUGCCAUGUGUGUGGUGCCUCUCGUUGGGUUACCAAUGAAAAUGAGAAGAAAGAUUCCGCAACUGAAUCUAAAAAGAAGAAGAAGAAGAAACCAGCCAAGGUGUUGCGAUAUUUCCCAUUGAUUUCAAGGCUCCAAAGGUUAUUUGCAACCAAGAAGACAUCAACUGACAUGCAUUGGCAUGAUGAGGGUCGUACAAAAGAUGGAUUGCUGCGAUGUCCAGCUGAUGGAGAGGCUUGGAAAGAUUUUGAUGCCAGAUAUCCUAAAUUCGCUGAGGAUUCCCGUAAUGCGCGGCUAGGCGUUGGGUCUGAUGGGUUUAAUCCUUUCCGACUCAUGAGUGCAGAACAUAGUACUUGGCCAGUGAUGCUUAUUCCAUACAACCUACCACCUUGGAUCUGCAUGAAGCAAACAUCUCUAAUUUUAUCAAUGAUUAUUCCUGGACCAAGUUCCCCUGGCAAUGACAUUGAUGUAUAUUUGCAGCCGUUGGUGGAUGAGCUGCAACAACUUUGGAAGGGUGUGGACACUUUUGACUCAUGUACUCAGGAGAAAUUUUCUCUUCGAGCUGCACUAUUAUGGACUUUGAACGAUUUUCCAGCAUUAGCUUACCUCUAUGGGUGGAGCACGAGCGGUAAAUAUGCUUGCCCGUCUUGUGGUCCUUUCACAAGAUCAUAUUGGCUAAAGAAGAGUAAGAAAUUUUGUUAUAUGGGUCAUCGCCGAUGGCUACCACAGAAUCAUGUAUUUCGGAGACGAAAGAAGGAGUUUGAUAACACCGAAGAGAUGGAACUUGCACCUAUAACAAUGAGUGGUAGCUCAGCUUUGAGAAUGUUGCAGGGCAGAGUGUUUGUCUUAGGAAAAAAGGUUAUUGUGGCAAAGAAAGGGAAAGGGAAAAAGAAGGGCAAAGACAGUGAAAAAGGAACUGAAGGUCCUGAAAAACAGAAGCGUAAAAGAGCGCCUAACAAGAAAUCAGGUAACGUCGCACGUAAACCUGAAAAGAAGCCUGAGGAUUGUUUCAAAAAGAAGUCGAUAUUCUUUGAUUUGGAAUACUGGGAGCACAACAAGUUAAGGCACAAUCUAGAUGUAAUGCAUAUUGAGAAAAAUGUCUUCGAAAAUUUAAUUGGAACCUUACUGGAUAUUGAUUCUAAAACAAAGGAUGGCCUUGAUGCACGACUUGACUUAGGAGAAAUUGGAAUUCGAUCUAGCCUUCAACCUCAUGAAGGUGAUAAGGGUAAAACUGAAUUGCCGCAUGCACCUUUUAAUAUGUAUAAAGAAAAGAAGGAGAUUCUUUGUACAGUGGUUAAGAAUUGUAGGACACCUGAUGGUUGUGCAUCAAACUUUUCGAGGUGUGUGAACAUGAAAGAAUUGACAUUGACUGGCCUCAAAAGCCACGACUGCCAUGUUAUUCUACAAGACAUCCUUCCUGUGGCACUUUUACACUGUUAUCCCAGUAAAGAUGUCAUGAUAAUAGUUGUUGAGGUGGCUAAUUUCUUCAAGAAGCUAUGCUCCAAAGUGUUAGAUGUUUUUGAGCUUGACAAACUGCAAGAGAGUAUUGUGAAGACACUUUGUAAUAUGGAAAAGGUUUUUCUUCCAUCGUUUUUUACUGUCAUGGUACAUUUAAUGGUGCAUUUAGUUGAAGAAGCUAAACUUGGUGGCCCGGUGCAUUACAGGUGGAUGUACCCUCUCGAGAGAUCAUUUGUUUGGCUAAAGUCACUUGUGCGCAAUAGAGCUUAUCCUGAAGGUUCUAUUGCUGAAGGAUAUACUGUUGAAGAAUGCUUGACCUUUUGUUCAAGAUUUCUAGAAGGAACCACACGUUUCACAAGAACAUCUAGGAACCCUGAUCCUUCAGAUAAUACAAAGGGCAUAUACAUGUUUGAUAGUGUUGGUGAGCCAAUUGGAAAGGCUGUCACUAUAGGCCAGUUGGACGAUCAGCUUCUAGUUCAAGCACAUCGAUAUGUCUUGCGACACUCUGAUGAGCUUGAUGAUCUCCGUAGAGAAUUUCUGGACCAAGAGAGGAGGAAACCGGGUAACUUAAAUUUGACGGAUGAUGACAAGGAGGAUUUGAUUGGUAGACACUUUGCUGACUGGUUGGAACAAAAGGUUAUACUAGAUGAUGGAACGGAUAUCACAGAAAAGAUAAGGGCAUUAGCCGCAAAACCAAGCAAAUGCGGGGUGCGCUAUAGUGGCUAUAUAAUUAAUGGUUUCAGGUUUCAUACUAUCAGUCACGAGACAGGACACGUGACACAAAAUAGUGGUGUCGUGAACCUUGCUGAAAAUGGCGUGUCCUAUUAUGGUCGGUUAUCUGACAUCUUCGAAUUGUCAUACAAAGAUUACAAGGUGGUCUUCUUUAAAUGUGAUUGGUAUGAUGUUCAUCACAAAGCUGGUAUUAUAAGAGAUGAGUUUGGAUUCACUCAUGUGAACUUCUCCCGAAAAAUACAUACAGGGGAGAAGUUAGAGGAUGAACCUUUUGUAUUUUCUUCCCAAGUGGACUAGGUCUUCUAUAUCCAAAAUCCGAGAAGUGAGAAUUGGAAUACCAUGGUGAAAUUCAAACCUCGUGAUAUUUUUGACAUGGGUGGAGAACCAUCUUCAGAUGAAACAGAGUAGUCUUUGUGUUUUUAGCUUGUUAUCUCCAGCUAAGAUAUAGGUUGAGCAAUUGUCAUCCAUGCUCCUAGGUAGAAUUACUCCAACAUAAUUAUUCUAGCUGGGUGGAUCUUCUUCGGAAUGUAUGUUACUUUGUGAUGAACGAGCCUAUGGUCUUUUUUUUAAUGUGUAUGU